AGCACAAAACAGUUCGCAACGAGCACGCAAAGUGAACGGAACGUCGACGACCUCAACGCAAAUAGAGGCGCCAAAAAUAUCCAGUGAAACAUUUUCAAGUGCAACAACAACAACAACAAAACCCAGCAAUAACGAUGACCACCGUUAAGGAAAGCCUCUUGGCUCAGGUAGCCGAAACUUUGCCCAGCUCCGGGCACAAGAUCACCGUUGUGGGCAUCGGCAUGGUGGGCAUGGCCAGCGCCUUCAGUAUUCUCGCCCAGGGCGUCUCCAGGGAGGUCUGCCUCAUCGAUUGCUGCACCGACAAGCUGCAGGGCGAGCUCAUGGAUCUGCAGCAUGGCUCCAACUUCCUGAAGAACCCACAGAUCACGGCCAGCACCGAUUAUGCUGCCUCGGCCAAUUCCCGUCUGUGCAUCGUCACCGCCGGCGUCCGCCAAAAGGAGGGCGAGUCUCGUCUGUCCCUCGUUCAGCGCAACACCGAUAUUCUCAAGAGCAUCAUACCUAAACUGGUCGAGAACAGUCCCGAUUGCAUUUUGCUGAUGGUCUCCAAUCCCGUUGACAUCAUGACCUAUGUGGCCUGGAAGCUGUCCGGUCUGCCCAAGAAUCGUGUCAUUGGCAGCGGCACCAAUCUGGAUUCAUCCCGUUUCCGUUUCCUGAUGUCGCAGCGUCUGGGCGUGGCACCCACCUCCUGCCACGGCUGGAUUAUUGGCGAGCACGGCGAUAGCUCUGUGCCCGUCUGGUCGGGUGUUAAUAUUGCCGGCGUGCGUUUGCGCGAGCUGAACCCAACCAUUGGCACCGGCUCGGAUCCGGAGAAGUGGAAUGAGCUGCACAAGCAGGUCGUCGAUUCGGCCUACGAGGUCAUCAAGCUAAAGGGUUACACCUCGUGGGCAAUUGGUCUCAGCACUGCCUCCCUGGCAUCGGCCAUCUUGCGCAACACCAGCAGCGUGGCAGCUAUCUCCACAUCCGUUAUGGGUGAACAUGGCAUUGAUAAGGAUGUGUUCUUGUCGCUGCCCUGCGUCCUGAAUGCGAAUGGUGUCACCUCUGUGGUCAAGCAGAUUCUCACCGACACCGAGGUGCAGCAGCUGCAGAAGUCUGCCAAUAUUAUGUCUGAGGUUCAGGCCGGUCUACAGUUCUAAAUAUAACUAGCUAAACUAAACAAAAAAAAAAUAAGUAGAUCACACAUACACACUCACACCGAGCAGAACUAAUUUUAGUCAAAUUUGAAGUUCAAUUUGGAUUUGGGAGGACCAGUGAAGCAGAAAGUAUUCUUGACUACCAAAAUGAUUUGAUUUUUUAGUCGAUUUCUCAUCUUUAUUUAUUAUUCAUAACUCUUUUUGUGUUUGUUACAAAUAAAUUGUAAACAAUUUAGUUUUAUUUUAAAAAUGAAA